GUGAUUGUGUGUGCAGGGCAUCAAUCUGUCGGGCGGUCAGCGGCAGAGAGUGAGUCUGGCCAGAGCGCUGUACAGUGAAGCAGACGUCUAUCUGCUGGACGACCCUCUGUCCGCCGUCGACGCUCACGUCGCCAAACACAUCUUCGACAACGUCAUCGGGCCUGAAGGAGCGCUGAAGGGCAAGACGAGGAUCCUGGUGACCCACGGCAUCAGCUUCCUGCCGCAGGUGGACAACAUCCUGGUCAUGGUGGACGGACGCGUGUCAGAAAUGGGCUCCUACCAGGAUCUGCUCAAGCAGAAUGGAGCUUUCGCAGAGUUCCUCAGAAACUACUCUCUUGAGGAUAUCAUCGAAGACGAUGAAAUCAUCGAUUUGUUGCUUGAUGAGGAGGAGGAGGAGUUCCCUGACGAUGCUCUCAGUAAUCACACAGAUAUGGUGGAUAACGAGCCUGUAGUUAAUGAGGCGCGCAGACAGUUCAUGAGGCAGAUGAGCAUCAUGUCGAAUGAUCCGGAGAACCCCAAGAAAAUGUCCCGGCGCCGGCGCUGCAGCGAGAGGAAACACCCGGAGUCUCCGACCGAGAAGAAGGAGCUGAAGGUGGAGAAACUCAUCCAGGCCGAGACGACUGAGACGGGACGGGUGAAGCUGAAGGUGUAUUGGGAGUAUGCGAAGGCUGUCGGGCCGCUGCUGUCGCUCUUCAUCUGUUUCCUGUACGGCUGUCAGAGCGCCACCUCCAUCGGAGCCAACUUCUGGCUGAGCGAGUGGACGAACGACGCGCUGCAGAACGGCACGCAGCACAGAGCGUCCACGAGGGUCGGGGUUUACGCCGCGCUGGGCCUGUCCCAAGGUGUGCUGGUUAUGUUUUCCUCCUUUACUCUGGCUCUGGGGAAGAUCCAGGCCGCACGCAAGCUGCACCAGACCCUGCUGGACAACAAAUUUCACACGCCCCAGUCUUUCUUUGACACCACCCCUAUAGGCCGGAUCAUCAACCGCUUCUCCAAGGACAUUUACGUGAUCGACGAGGUCCUGCCGUCCACCGUCCUCAUGUUCCUGGGCACCUUCUUUGCCUCUGUGUCCACUAUGAUCGUGAUCAUUUUCAGCACACCCAUAUUCGCGCUGGUCAUUGGCCCUCUGGCCUUGAUUUACUUCUUUGUGCAGAGAUUUUAUGUAGCCACGUCUCGGCAGCUUAAGAGACUGGAGUCUGUCAGUAGGUCUCCUAUAUAUUCUCAUUUUUCGGAGACCAUCACAGGCACUAGUGUGAUCCGCGCCUACGGCCGAAACACUGCCUUUGUUCUCUUGAGCGAUAUGAAAGUGGAUGAGAACCAAAAGAGUUACUACCCUGGUAUCGUUUCCAACAGGUGGUUGGGGGUUCGCAUCGAGUUUAUCGGCAAUUGCAUUGUGCUGUUUGCUGCUCUGUUUGCUGUGAUUGGGAAGGAGAAGCUCAGCCCCGGAUUGGUCGGUCUGUCUGUGUCUUACGCUCUGCAGGUCACUAUGUCCCUGAACUGGAUGGUGAGGAUGACCUCUGACCUCGAGAGCAACAUAGUAGCAGUGGAGAGAGUGAAGGAGUAUUCAGAGACAACGACCGAGGCUCCAUGGAUAGUGAAGGACAAACAGCCUCCUCCAGACUGGCCUCCGAAAGGGAACGUGGAGUUCAUAGACUACAGCGUGAGGUACCGCGAGGGACUGGACCUGGUGCUGAGGAACAUCUCGCUGGAGGUCAAAGGAGGAGAGAAGAUCGGUAUCGUUGGACGGACGGGCGCUGGGAAGUCCUCGAUGACUCUGUGUCUGUUCCGUCUGCUGGAGGCGGCGGAUGGAGAGAUCGUGAUCGACGAGGUGAAGAUCUCUGAGAUCGGCCUUCACGACCUCCGCUCCAAACUCACCAUCAUCCCUCAGGAGCCCGUCCUGUUCUCGGGGACUCUGCGGAUGAACCUCGAUCCCUUUGAGAAAUACAGUGAUGAAGAAGUGUGGAAAGUGCUGGAACUCUCUCAUCUGAAGAAGUUUGUCAGCAACCAGGCGUCCAAACUGGAGCUGGAGUGCUCCGAAGGAGGAGAAAACCUCAGUGUGGGUCAGAGGCAGCUGGUGUGUUUGGCGCGAGCUUUACUGAGGAAGACCAGGAUCCUGGUCCUGGAUGAAGCCACAGCCGCGGUCGAUCUGGAGACGGACAAUCUCAUCCAGUCCACCAUUCGCACGCAGUUCGAGGACUGCACCGUUUUCACCAUCGCUCACAGACUCAACACCAUCAUGGACUACACCAGAGUGCUGGUUUUGGACAAGGGAAAGAUCGCAGAGUUCGACACACCGGCUAACCUGCUCGCUCAGAAAGGAAUCUUUUAUGGAAUGGCUAAAGACGCGGGUCUGGUGUGAGUCCAUACGCUGUAAGCCGCAGUGCCUUCACACAGUGUCACACACACAACGCCAGUGAAUGUAAUGUGUCUCUGUUUUUACUGCUGCACCCAGGAUCUUUGGUUGUUUUUACAUUAUUGCUAUUAUUUUUGUUUUCUAUGACUACAGUGCCACUGUUACUGAGUUGUUUUAUGAUGAAGCAGUCUAUUUUUGUACUGUAUUAUUUAAGUUGUUCAAUAGGGAAGAUUUCUGCUCAGUUACAUGUGUGAUUCUUUUUGUAAACCAAAUCUGUAAAAAAAAUUGAAUUCUGUUACCAGAAUUGGAGUAUUGUUGCAUUUAUUAAAAAAAGUAAUACUGUU